GGAAGUGGUGAAACUCUAAAAGGCGCCUAGCUAUAGUGGAGAGGGUAGUGUUGCUUGUUUUCAUUAUUAUUAUUUUUAUUCCCCAUGAACUUUAUAUAGAUAAUAAAUACAUAAGCCAUCAUCGUUAAUGCGUGUCGGUUAUAUUUACAGGAAACUUACAGUUGUUUGUUUGUUUUUCCCCCCUCACAUACUGUUUCCUCUCAUGAGCCGCGUGCACGACUGCUGUUAAGCAAUCAGCAGCUGGAAAGUUUGUUUACGGAUUAUCUUGUUACUGAGUAUCUGAGCGAGCAAACUCGCAAAAUAAGUGUCCCAGUUUCUAAAACACGCCUGAAAUCUGAGUUGCGCGCUUUUUAUUUUCUCCUGGGAGCAGUGUUCCUGUCUGAGGGAGAAAACAAACCUGGUGUGUGUAGACCUCUCUCUCUCUGGCUGUUUUCAGGAGCUGCCAUGUCUGUGACAGUCAAGUCAGAGGAGAAACCGGUAGAUGUAACCAGUGUAGCUCAUCGUAAGUCUGAGAGAAAGCAGCGCAAAAAGUCUCUGCAAUCCCUGGUGGAGCCUCUGCUGCUGGCACCAGAGAUGCUUGCUGGACUGGGGCAGUAUAUAUGCAGUGUGUGCAGUGAAACAUUUAUAUCGCUGGCACAGUUGGCCAGACAUGUGCAGUUCCACGAUCGAGAGAGGCCGUUCCCGUGCGCUAUUUGUGGCAAACGCUUCCUGAGCCGCAGCCACCAUGACGAGCACCAGCGAGUGCACACAGGGGAGCGGCCCUUCCCCUGCAACCGCUGCGACCGCUCCUUCACCACCCACCACAACCGCAAGCGCCACCAAAUGAUCCAUGACAAGGAGGAGGCGUACCGCUGCACUGUGUGCGGUGUGCUCUUCUGCCAGGACCACCAGCUCGGCAAUCUCAACGGCAUCAUCCAUGUGCUCAGGCAACACGAAAGCACAGAACCAGGACACGCUAUGGGAAUCAAAACCAAGAUCAAGCUUGAACCAAAUUCGACAAAUGAACAGGAGGAAAAUGUAAAGAAGAAGAAAAAGCAUCAGCAUCAGCCUUCCCAUUUUGCUGAAGAAGAUAGCAGAAUGUCAUUCCAAGCUGAUGUCUUGCAGGUUCCUAACAAUAAAGAAGCAAAGAUCAAGAAGAUUGCUUAUGACAUGGAGGUUACCCUGUAAGCCACAGGUCACUGAAGUAUGCCCUGUCCUGCAGAUUUUAGUGUUUUCCCUGCUUUCAACACAGCUAAUCAAAGCUGUAGUGAGUUCAUCAGAGUAACAAAACUGGUAUGUACAGGACAAAGUGUUCUCCGGGACCUGGGUUGGGAGGUGGUACUGGAAACCAUCACCUGAUGAUGCAGUAGUGCAAUAUGGGGAAUGUGCUGUGCUCCAAAAUUGACUGAAAAUGGUGAUUAGUGCAAAUGCAGGAUAAACAUUUAGCUAUAAUCACUGUUUGUUUUCUGAUUGUACUGAAAUAGACUAACCUUUAUAAAAUACUACAACGCUGUGAAACAAAUGUAAAUGAAUUGAUUGGUUGGAUUUUUUUUUUGCCUCACUCCAGAUUGUAUUUUUACUAAAACACUGAUCAUUUUGCUUAUGAACUUUGUAUGCUUUUUUUUUGGCUUGAAUAUAUGAACCGGAUAUUAUUCUUUCUACAUGAUAAUGAACCUGACACUGUAGUGUUUAGUUGCAUCAAAUUAUAUCGAACACCAAAUUUCUUAUUCAUCUAUUUUGUUGAUGUGCUGAGGCUGUCAAGUGCAGUGUCUUCUUUUUCUUCUUCCAUCUUGUAGACCUCUGACUUACCCCGUAAGAGAAAUCAAAAUAAAUUUAGUUUAUAUCACA